GAUUGAACAUCAAAAUUUUCACGUCGUCGCAGCGUUAUAAUACUUUCGAGAAAUUCAAAUAUAGGAGACGGUUAACGUUUUUCCGAAUUUAUUUUAUUUGUUGAACGAAUUUGUGUUUGAGAUUUGAAAAGAAAUUUUUGUACAUUUUAUGUCUACACAAAUUAUGUGUACCGGCAUUGUAUUGCUUACCGAUUGUUAUAUUUAGUUUGUGAUCUGAGGUUUUGGUUCUUUUUUAUACAAUCAACAAUAAUGGCAGAAGACUUGAGCCUGGAAAAUAUGACAACACUUUGUCCAUCAGAUGUUGAUGAUGAACAAAUCGAAGACGUUGUUUCGAAAGUUGUUCCGAUACUUUUCAGUCUGAUUGGCAUUACUGGAUUAUUGGGAAAUGCUUUAGUGGUUUUAGUCAUACUGUCGAAUCCGCAAAUGAGAAGUACCACAAAUAUGUUAAUUAUCAACUUGGCUAUGGCUGAUUUGUUGUUUGUGAUAUUUUGUGUUCCGUUUACGGCUGUUGAUUACAUGUUAUCCCGAUGGCCGUUCGGUGAUGCCUGGUGCAAAAUUGUACAAUAUUUGAUAGUGGUUACGGUACAAGCAAGCAUUUACACAUUAGUUUUAAUGUCGUUGGAUCGAUUCUUGUGUGUCGUAUAUCCAAUUGCUUCUCGAUCAUUGAGAACGGAACGUAAUGCACUUCUAGCCAUAUUGAUAUUAUGGUUUGUUAUAUUAACAAUAUCGAUACCAGUCAUAUUUGCACAUGGAGUUGUGGAAUAUGAAUAUAAAUCUGAACAGCUUACAGCCUGCAAAUUCAUAGACAAUGGAUUAACAUUUGCCGCCUUUCAUGUCAUAUUUUUCCUGAGUUCAUACUUAAUUCCGUUGAUUUUGAUAAGUGGUUUAUACUUAAGAAUGCUCAGCCGUUUAUGGCGAACCGUGGUGAAUGGACAAAUGUCAGCAGAAUCACAUCGUGGCCGAAAACGCGUUACCCGUUUAGUAGUUGUCGUUGUAUUCGCUUUUGCAUCUCUAUGGUGUCCAAUUCAGAUGAUUUUAGUGUUGAAAAGUGUUGGACUUUUUCAUCCUUGUACACAUUUCGAAAUUGGUCUGCAAAUCUCGUCACACAUAUUGGGCUAUUCAUCGUCAUGUGUAAAUCCGUUAUUGUAUGCAUUUUUGUCGGAAAACUUUCGGAAAGCUUUUCGUAAGGUUGUCUACUGCGGCAAAACUGGAACACGUUAUUCACGCCAUCAACCGGUGCCGACGAAAACGACCAGAUCGGGCAGCACAUGUCCAGAUAUAAUAUAGCUUCAACUGAACUUUUAAACGCGAAAGUAACUUCAAUCAUCGACAUAUUUCCUACUUAGUUUACAGAUGUUUUAUAUUUAUUUGUUGAUUUUCCGCUUAUUUAAGGAGCGAAAAGAGAGAAUGGAAAAAAUUGGCAAACAAAAUAUUUUUAUACAUUUUUUACGCGU